AUGGCUCAAAACAAAAAGUUGAGGAAAGAUGAUGGCACAGAAAAAGUUUUAAGCUCGACUUAUAGGAGCUUAAUUGGUAGUCUUCUUUACCUAACUGCCACAAGACCCGAUAUCCUCUUUGCAACAAGUUUUUUGUCCAGGUUUUUGCAGGAACCAAGUCAAAUUCAUUUUGCCGCCGCGUCAAGAAUUUUAAGAUACUUGAAAGGCACACUUGAUUAUGGUCUCAUGUACAAGUCCUCACUGCACUCCGACUUGGUUAGUUAUUGUGACAGCGAUUGGGCCGGGAGCCUUGAUGAUAGGAAAAGUACGUCCGGUUGUGUUUUUCAACUUGGUGCCAACACAUGCUCAUGGAUAUCCAAGAAGCAAAAGGUUGUGGCCACAUCGACGGCACAGGAGGAAUACAUCAAAGCCUAUAAAGCUAUCACACAAAUAAUGUGGUUGGGAGAGUUCUUGAAGAUGUUGGGUUAA